UGACUCGAGAGGAAGAGAUGGAGGCGCGUCUGGCCCAGAUGCAGGCCAGUCUCCAGUUCCUGGACACCCUGUAUCGCGCCAGACAGGUCGAGGUUUUUAACUUGCAGUCCAAGCUCAUGACCUUUGCCAACUCAGCGCAAUCUGAGAAGAUUUUCGGCCCGAGCACUACAAUGACCCCUGAGGUGGUCCAACUACUCAAGAAUCUCACUGGUACCAAAGCAGCCUCCGGCUUGGACCCAAGGAACCUGCAGCCCCAAUCGCUCCCCUUCAUCUACCAGCUCAUGCCCCACCUCUUGGAUGACGCCUACAGCCUCAGACCGGCGUACCAUAUGAGGGGCUCACGGCAGCUGGCGGAUGUUGUCAUCGGCAUACCGACUGUGAGGCGGGACAAGGAGAGCUACCUCAUGGUUACUCUGACGCACCUGAUCAGCGGGAUGACCGAGGCCGACCAGAACGAGACAGUCAUCAUCGUGAUGGUGGGCGAGGCCGACUUGGAGUUCGUCAUCAACACGGCGAAGAAAAUCGAAACCAUGUUCCCUAAAGAAGUCGAAAGCGGUCUCAUCGAAGUGAUCUCUCCAUCACCCUCUUACUACCCAGAUUUCGACAGCAUCGAGCCUACUCUAGGGGAUUCCUCCAAGCGGAUGAGAUGGAGAACCAAACAGAACCUGGACACGAUAUUUCUGAUGGCGUACGCGCAUAGUAGGGGGACCUUCUACCUCAUGCUGGAAGACGAUGUUAUUGCUAAGAAGAAUUAUAUGCAGGACAUAAAACUGUUUACCGCCUCCACCACUAUCAGUACCCCCCAAUGGUUCUUCAUAGAGUACUGUGUAUUCGGUGGCAUCGGCAAGCUGUUCCGGUCAGCUGAUCUCGUCCACUUCAUCACAUACGUCCAGCUCUUUUACACUAACAUGCCUAUUGACUGGCUGCUAGAGAGCUAUUUGGCUGAUAAAGUUUGCAGCAUCUAUAAAACUUCGAAAGAAUGUGCAAAGAGCAAGACGGAGAUACGGCCAAAGUUUAAAUCUUCACUGUUCCAGCAUAUUGGACUGUAUUCUUCACUGAAAGGCAAAAUACAGAAAGUACAGGACUCCCGCUACGGCAAGCUCCCAGGGUUCUACCCCCACCAGAACCCCCCUCUACAGAGCAUCCACAACGACAUAGAGGAAAAGGCGGACCACACCAUCAGGAGGGCGUAUAAUGGGGAGACCUUCUUCUGGGGUCUCAAGCCCAAGAAGGGGGACGUUAUAGAGUUCGUGUUUCAGAAGCCAAUUGUGCUGGAAAGAUAUACCUUCCGUAGCGGCAACGUAGACCACGCAUCAGACAAGUUCUACGACACUUACGUCGAGGUUCAGCCCGUGGCCGGCAACUACUCUGUGGUCGACGGCUUUGACGAGUUUGGCUUGGCCGAUGGCUACCUCAAGAGGGAGUGGGGGCCUCUUAACGCGAUCAGAUUAAGAGUGAACCGCGACAGUACCUUCUGGGUCAUUCUGAGCGAGCACCUUCUGGGUCAUUCUGAGCGAGGUACGUUUGUAGUAUCUGUCUCUGUCUACUCUGUGGUCGACAGCUUUGACGAGUUUGGCUUGGCCGAUGGCUACCUCAAGAAGGAGUGGGGGCCUCUUAACGCGAUCAGAUUAAGAGUGAACCGCGACAGCACCUUCUGGGUCAUUCUGAGCGAGGUAUGUUUGUAG